AUGGAUGGCCAGCUCCUGCCUGUGCUGCUGCUGCUGCUGCUGCUGCUGCUCGGGAACUCAGGCCCUGGGGGAUGGGGACAUGGGCCUGAGAGUCCCUCAGAGGAACUCCCUGAGGAGGAGGUGCCCAGGGAGGAUGGGAUCUUGGCACUGAGCCGCCACACUUUGGGCCUGGCCCUGCGGGAGCACCCCGCACUGCUAGUGGAGUUCUAUGCCCCGUGGUGUGGGCACUGCAAGGCGCUGGCCCCCGAGUACAGCAAGGCAGCUGCCCUGCUAGCAGAGAAGUCGAUCCCAGCCACGUUGGCCAAGGUGGAUGGGCCUGCUGAGCCAGAGCUGACUGAGGAAUUUGGUGUGACAAGCUACCCCACGCUUAAGUUCUUCCAUGAUGGGAACCGCACGCACCCAGAGGAAUACACAGGACCCCGAGAAGCUGAGGCCAUCACUGAGUGGCUGAGAAGGCGGGUGGGGCCCAGUGCUACUCUGUUGAAAGACGAGGCGGGCGUCCAGGUGCUAGCAGGUACCCAGGAUGUGGUGGUCAUUGGCUUCUUCCAGGACCUGCAGGACAAGGAUGCAGCCACCUUCUUGGCCCUGGCCCAGGAUGCCCUGGACAUGACCUUUGGCCUCACUGACCAGCCGCAGCUCUUCCAAAAGUUUAACCUUACCAAGGACACUGUGGUCCUCCUCAAGAAGUUUGACGAGGGAAGAGCAGACUUCCCAGUGGACAAGGAGCUUGGCCUGGACCCAGGGGACCUAUCUCGCUUUCUUGUUACACACAGCAUGCACCUGGUCACUGAAUUCAACAGCCAGACGUCCUCUAGGAUUUUCGCUGCCAGGAUCCUCAAUCACCUGCUGCUGUUUGUCAACCAGUCACUUGCUGCACACAGGGAGCUCCUGGCAGACUUCCGGGAGGCGGCUCCCCCCUUCCGGGGGCAGGUGCUGUUCGUGGUGGUGGACGUGGCUGGGGACAAUGACCACGUGCUACAAUACUUUGGCCUCAAGGCCGAGGCAGCCCCUACCCUGCGCUUAGUCAACAUUGAAACCACCAAGAAGUACGCUCCCACAGACGAGGAGCCUAUCACUGCAGCUGCUGUCACUGCCUUCUGCCACACAGUCCUCAAUGGUCAAGUCAAGCCCUAUCUUCUGAGCCAGGAGGUCCCCUCCGACUGGGACCAACGGCCAGUUAAGACUCUCGUGAGCAAGAAUUUCGAGCAGGUGGCUUUCGACGAAACCAAGAAUGUGUUUGUCAAGUUCUAUGCCCCGUGGUGUACCCACUGCAAGGAGAUGGCCCCAGCCUGGGAGGCUUUGGCUGAGAAGUACAAAGAACACGAGGACAUCAUCAUUGCUGAGCUGGAUGCCACAGCCAAUGAGCUGGAAGGACUUCCUGUGCACGGCUUCCCCACCCUCAAGUAUUUCCCGGCAGGGCCGGGGAGGAAGGUGAUUGAAUACAAAAGCACCAGGGACCUGGAGACCUUGUCCAAGUUCCUUGACAAUGGAGGCGAGCUGCCUGUAGAACCCACAGAGAAGCCAGUGACUCCCUUCCCGGAGUCACCAGCUAACGCCACUGUGGGGUCUAAGGAGGAGUUAUAG